AUGGAGGCUACAAGCUUCUCAUCCAGGCGCCCAGCCGCGAACGCACUUCCCGCCUUCUCUCUGCCACCUCCAAAUGCAGAUGUUCCAAGUAUGAACAGAUAUCCCUUCCACCCUUCCCUGGCAGGAAGCCAGUCAGAGUCCAUCCACAACUCCCGUGAAGCCGACUCGGUUGGAUAUUCCUAUGCGCCGUCUUUUUCCCCCCUCCCCGGCUCCUACCCUGAUCGCCGUAUUUCAUCGUCGCCUAGUGUUCUGACCCCUUCGCCAGGAGCCAGCGAUGGUCUGAGUCCCAGUAUCUCCAGUGUCAACACGGGCAGCUCCCAGGGUUCUCAAGCACACGGUGGGAUGUAUCCGUACAACAAUCUCGGAGGUAGCUGGUCCGCGCCAGGCAACUCUUCCUAUACGGUCAGUUCAGCAACCCAGGCCGCGCCGUCUCUUGGUCAGCAGCAUUUCGGUGUACGAAGCCAGUCUCUUUACGGCCAGGGUUCCGGAAUACAUCAGUACAACCACCCACGAAGCUCCCAGUCGCCAGCUACCGGAGGUGAAGGUCUCCCAGCGCCUCCCUUUGAUCAAGUGCAUCAUCCUUUCCAGACCUCGGUCUCAGGGGGAGGCGGCCAGACCACUCCACCAGGUCUAUCGACAUCUCAGCAAUCCCAGAGUGCAAUUCUGACUUCGCAGAACUCGGUUUCUACCCAACCUCCGACUCCUUCAGGUGUAUCGGCACAUGCAGACGCGUACACGCAUUCGAGACCCCCGAGUACGCCAAGCUAUUACACAGCUUCCUCUGCACCUCAGACGUCAAACUUCUCAGCAUAUCCGCCUCCUCAGCCUUCACCAACCCAUCACUCACCCCCGGGUCAUGGGCCUGUUCCCCGUGGGCUGGGAUCGGCUGGCAUGGCACCUCCUAAUGCUUAUCGACACUAUCCUCCCUACCAGCCUCUUCCGAACAUGGGUGGAUCAGCCAUCAUGUCAAACAUUCACCAGCCCGGAGGUCAAAUGUCGAUGAUACCGGGAAUGGGUGUACCUUCGUAUUCACCCAUGAUGUAUGGUGGACAUGGCCAGCCUCCUCCCCAGUCGGAACGUCCUUUCAAGUGCGAUCAAUGCAAUCAAUCGUUCAGCCGCAACCAUGAUCUGAAGCGACACAAGAGAAUCCAUCUGGCUGUGAAGCCCUUCCCUUGCACUUUCUGCAGCAAGAGUUUCUCCCGCAAAGAUGCAUUAAAGAGGCACCGACUCGUCAAGGGCUGUGAAAGCAAGGCCAACGAGGCGAAGGACGGAGACAGCAACGGUGCAGAUCGAAGCGGAGAGGAAAACGACCCCGAUGUGAAGCGUGAACAGUAG